GUUUCCUCUCCACUUCCGCCCCCAUCUCCGCGUGCGGAAGUCAACGAAGCGGAGCGCCUCUGCCGCCUCUCCUUCCCACCCACCUCUGCUCUGCUCCUCAUCGUCGUCGCGCGGCCAGCUCAGCCGGCCGGAGAAUCCACCGAAUCCGGCGCGAAUCCCGCAGCCAUGUUCGGCGACUCCGACGGAUCCAAGGACGCCAACCCCGGGGCGCCGCCCUCCACCACCGACCCGCCCUUCCCCAACCGCGAGCUCACCCUCAGCAGCUACCUCUGCGAGAAGCCGACGCUCGCCUCCGCCGCCGCCGGUGGCGGUGGCGGUGCCGGCCCGUCCUCGCCGCCGAACCCUGCUGCAGCCGCGGCUGGCGACGACGGCAAGCACUGCGUCGAGCGCGACUUCCUCCACCUCUCCGCGCCCAAGCGCGGGGAUCCACCCGGCGACGACUCAUCCGUCGUCGGCGGUAAGAAGCCCCGCCUCGACUCCCUCCAGCUCUCGCUGUCCCUUAACUCCGACGGCCCCGCUGCUCCGCCGUCGUCCCAGCCGCCGCUCGCCUCGCUCCUCCAGCCCGUCCCCGCGACCGAUGGAGAUCUACGGGGAGCGGCGGCGGCGGCGGCCGUGCCCGCGGCCCCCGCCAGGAGGACCUACAGCGCGACGACGGCGCGCACCCGCAGCAUCAACUCCGACGACAUGUCCUACUCCUACUCCAUCUUCUCGCACAACCCUAGCUGUUCCCUCACGCACAACUCCACCGACAUCUACGCCGCCGGUGAAGGUACCAACGGCUCCGUUCACAGCCGAUUCAAUUUCCGCCCCAUGGGGGACGGCAGCGUCGCCUUCGCCACGCCGCCGCUGAAGGAGGGCACGUCGUCGUUCUUCCCCACGGAGCUCCCUGCGAGGAUGGCGGCGGCGGCCGCGGCGGCUGCUGCCAGCGCGGGUGGCAGCUUCGACGGCGGUCGCGGUGGGCUUCACGCGUCGCGCCCUGACAAGAUCCUGCGGGAUAUUGUGUCCGACUCUGUGACGGCUAUGGCGCAGGUGCUGCAGGAUUUCCCAAGCGAACGACUGGAGUUGCUGCGAGAGGCAGUGCGGGGCAUGAUUGACUCUCAUGAGAAGAGGGAUGAGCUGGCCAGCCUGCAGCGGAAGCUUGAGCGCCGGUCAGACCUGACCACCGAGACAUUGGGGAGGGCGAACAGGACGCAGCUUGAGAUCCUGGUGGCCAUCAAGACUGGAAUCGCGACGUUUGUCACCGGUAAAGGCCGGGUACCAAGCAGUGAGCUUGUAGAAAUGUUCCUCAUGACACGGUGCCGCAACCUGAACUGUAAGAGCACGCUGCCAGUGGAUGACUGCGAUUGCAAGAUUUGCUCCACCAAGAAAGGGUUCUGCAGCGCAUGCACGUGUUCAGUAUGCCACAAGUUUGACUGUGCUGCAAAUACCUGCACCUGGGUUGGGUGUGAUGUCUGCGGACACUGGUGUCAUGUUGCAUGCGCGCUGGAGAGGAAUUUAAUCAGGCCAGGGCCGACGCUGAAGGGGCCAAUUGGGACGACUGAGAUGCAGUUCCAAUGCCUUGCUUGCAAUCAUUCUUCUGAAAUGUUUGGAUUUGUCAAGGAGGUGUUCAAUUGCUGCGCAGAGAACUGGAAUGCUGAGACUCUGAUGAAAGAGCUGGAUUUUGUUAGGAAGAUAUUUGCUGGUUGUGAGGAUUUUGAGGGCAAGGGGCUUCAUGCCAAGGCUGAAGAGGUCCUCAGCUUGCUUGGAAAGAAAAUUAUUUCUCCUUUGGAUGCAACAAACAGUAUCUUACAAUUCUUCAAAUAUGGAGUUACAGAUUAUUCUGUUACUGGUAGCACGUCCAAAGGUAUAUUGGCAGCUCAGGCAAGUCAAUCUACAGAUAUGCGGUCUCUUCAAACUCCAACGAUCACACCACCGAAAUCCUCAUUCAACUUCAAGACCACUACUUCCAUUCUUGACACCGAUGCACUUAAGCCCAGCCCAAAGCCACUCUCUAUUGAACCCCAUUUCAGCACCGCUUCUAAGGAGGAUGACUCUAGCCUCGAAACCAUCGUGAAAUGCAAGGAAGCUGAAGCAAAACUCUUCCAAAAGUUGGCCGAUGAUGCCAGGAAGGAAGUAGAUAGCUACCGCCAGAUUGUCCGCUCCAGGACUCAGAAGCUAGAGGAGGAGUAUGCUGCGAAGCUGGCAAAAGUAUGCUUCCAAGAAACAGAGGAGAAGAGGAGGAAGAAGCUGGAGGAGCUCAAGAUGCUGGAGAAUUCGCACUACGACUACCUCAAGAUGAAAAUGCGGAUGCAGACCGAUAUCCAGGGCUUGCUCGAGCGGAUGGAAGCCACAAAGAAGAUGUGGGUAUAGGCUGGUAAAAAUUCAUCUGACGCCGCUGAAUGUGUGAAAAAUCUGUUGUACACCAUUAGGAUGUUUUCCGAGUUGUUGUAUUCAUCCUGUGAUUUGUGUUACCAGUUAAAACUGUUAUAAGCAGAGGGCCGCCUAACCUCGUGCUGGCAGAUAACAUAACUAGACACCAUCUCAUUUAAUUGCUUUCCGUUUGCAAACA